CCCAGGGGCCGCCCGGGGAGGGCGGGGCGAAGGGGCGGGCCGGGGAGGCGACAGAGCGUGCUGGUGCUGAUGCAGGAUGGCUGAGCUCGCAGGAGCCCGGGAGGUCUGAGCCGGGAGAGGCUCGCUCCCAGCGCAUCGCCUGGUCCGCCCGCCGCGUGGUCGCGGGCAGGUGGGCCUGGGUUUGCAGCGCAGGGCCAGGGCAGCGCCAGGAAAGGCAGAUCUGCAGCUGGCCGGGCCGAAGGUUGAGAGGUUGCUCACCUACGAGGUCUCGGAGCGGCCACAGCUGCCCAGCCCGCCGCGUUCGCGAUGACCUGCUGAGAAGCUUUGUCGGAGGCUGCAGGAGGCGGCCUUGUUGCGGGAGGUGCGGUUCUCGACCGCGUCCCUCGUUGUGCGGAACCCCGGCCCCCCCACCCAUCCCCGCGCUCCCUCCCUGCCGCGGGCCGAGAUGGCGGAUCCAGCCGAAUGCAGCAUCAAAGUGAUGUGCCGGUUCCGGCCACUUAACGAAGCAGAGAUCCUUCGCGGGGACAAAUUCAUCCCCAAAUUUAAAGGCGAUGAGACCGUGGUGAUCGGGCAAGGAAAGCCGUAUGUCUUCGACAGAGUGCUGCCUCCCAGCACGACCCAAGAGCAGGUUUACAAUGCAUGUGCAAAGCAAAUUGUCAAAGAUGUCCUUGAAGGUUAUAAUGGGACAAUUUUUGCAUAUGGACAGACUUCAUCAGGAAAAACACACACCAUGGAGGGGAAGCUCCACGACCCUCAGCUCAUGGGCAUCAUUCCAAGGAUCGCACAUGACAUCUUUGACCAUAUCUAUUCCAUGGAUGAAAAUCUGGAGUUCCACAUCAAGGUUUCCUACUUUGAAAUCUACUUGGACAAAAUCAGGGACUUACUGGAUGUAUCCAAGACAAACUUGGCUGUUCAUGAAGAUAAAAACAGAGUCCCAUAUGUAAAGGGGUGCACUGAGCGGUUUGUGUCAAGCCCCGAGGAAGUCAUGGAUGUGAUAGAUGAAGGCAAAGCAAACCGCCAUGUGGCUGUAACAAACAUGAAUGAACACAGCUCUAGAAGUCACAGUAUCUUCCUGAUUAAUAUUAAACAAGAGAAUGUAGAGACUGAAAAAAAACUCAGUGGAAAGCUGUAUCUGGUUGAUUUGGCUGGGAGCGAAAAGGUCAGCAAAACUGGUGCCGAGGGAGCUGUUCUCGACGAAGCGAAAAAUAUCAAUAAGUCUUUGUCUGCUCUGGGAAACGUGAUCUCUGCCUUGGCAGAAGGGACAAAAACACACGUGCCAUACCGGGACAGCAAAAUGACUCGAAUUCUUCAGGACUCUCUGGGAGGGAACUGUAGAACCACCAUUGUGAUUUGUUGUUCUCCCUCAGUCUUCAAUGAAGCUGAAACCAAGUCAACACUAAUGUUUGGACAAAGGGCUAAGACCAUCAAAAAUACAGUUUCUGUGAACCUGGAGCUGACAGCAGAAGAAUGGAAGAAGAAAUACGAAAAAGAGAAAGAGAAAAACAAGACUUUGAAGAAUGUUAUCCAGCAUCUGGAGAUGGAGCUGAACAGAUGGAGAAAUGGAGAAGCUGUACCUGAGGAUGAGCAGAUCAGUGCCAAGGACCAGAAGACCCUGGAGCCCUGUGAUAACACCCCCAUCAUAGACAACAUUGCGCCUGUGGUCGCCGGCAUCACUGCAGAGGAGAAGGAGAAGUAUGAUGAGGAGAUCUCCAGUCUCUACCGACAACUGGAUGAUAAGGAUGAUGAAAUUAACCAGCAGAGCCAACUGGCUGAAAAGCUAAAGCAACAGAUGUUGGAUCAAGAUGAGCUUCUAGCUUCCACAAGAAGAGACUAUGAGAAGAUUCAGGAGGAGCUGACACGUCUCCAGAUUGAAAACGAGGCAGCCAAAGACGAGGUGAAGGAAGUUCUCCAGGCUCUGGAGGAGCUGGCUGUCAAUUAUGACCAGAAGUCACAGGAAGUGGAGGACAAGACCAGGGCCAAUGAGCAGCUGACAGAUGAGCUGGCCCAGAAAACGACUACACUGACAACCACACAGCGAGAGCUAAGUCAGCUGCAAGAGCUUAGCAAUCACCAGAAGAAGAGGGCUACUGAAAUCCUGAAUUUGCUGUUGAAGGAUCUGGGGGAGAUAGGAGGAAUUAUUGGCACCAAUGAUGUAAAGACUUUGGCAGAUGUGAAUGGAGUCAUUGAGGAGGAAUUCACCAUGGCCCGCCUGUACAUCAGCAAGAUGAAGUCCGAGGUCAAGUCCCUGGUGAACCGCAGCAAACAGCUGGAGAGUGCUCAGAUGGACUCCAAUAGGAAGAUGAACGCCAGUGAGCGGGAGCUGGCUGCCUGCCAGCUGCUCAUCUCCCAGCAUGAAGCCAAGAUCAAAUCCCUGACAGACUACAUGCAGAACAUGGAGCAGAAGCGAAGGCAGCUGGAAGAGUCCCAAGACUCGCUCAGUGAAGAGCUGGCCAAACUCCGAGCCCAAGAAAAAAUGCAUGAAGUCAGCUUCCAGGAUAAGGAGAAGGAACAUCUGACCCGGCUGCAGGAUGCUGAGGAAAUGAAGAAGGCACUGGAACAACAGAUGGAGAGCCACCGGGAAGCUCAUCAGAAGCAGCUGUCCAGACUCCGAGAUGAGAUCGAGGAGAAGCAGAAAAUCAUCGAUGAGAUUCGGGAUUUGAAUCAGAAACUGCAACUGGAACAGGAGAAGCUCAGUUCUGAUUAUAAUAAGCUGAAAAUAGAGGACCAAGAGAGAGAGAUGAAACUGGAAAAGCUCUUAUUGCUCAAUGAUAAAAGGGAACAAGCCAGAGAGGACCUCAAAGGGCUAGAAGAGACAGUGUCUCGAGAGCUACAGACUCUACACAAUCUCCGUAAACUCUUCGUCCAGGAUCUGACCGCCCGUGUUAAAAAAAGCGUGGAGCUGGACAGUGACGAUGGAGGAGGAAGUGCCGCCCAGAAGCAGAAAAUUUCCUUCCUGGAGAAUAACCUAGAGCAGCUCACUAAAGUUCACAAACAGCUCGUCCGGGACAACGCAGACCUGCGCUGUGAGCUGCCCAAACUGGAGAAGCGCCUGCGCGCCACAGCGGAGCGAGUUAAGGCGCUGGAGAGUGCGCUGAAAGAGGCCAAGGAGAAUGCCAUGCGGGACCGCAAGCGCUACCAGCAGGAGGUGGACCGUAUCAAGGAGGCCGUGCGAGCCAAGAACAUGGCCAGGAGGGCCCACUCGGCCCAGAUUGCCAAGCCCAUCCGCCCUGGACACUACCCGGCAUCGUCUCCAACGGCUGUCCAUGCCAUCCGAGGGGGAGGAGGCGGCUCUUCAAACCCCACUCACCACCAGAAAUAAACACGAAAUAUGACUCUCCACGUAGCAUGUCAAGGACUACAUUGAUCACCAAAAUUCCUUUCUUUUUUUUUCUCUCCUACACAAUUUCCAUUUUCUUUUACACUUGCUUACCCCAGCCAUCUGCAGUACACCAGUUUCAGAUAUUUGAGCUGUGUAGAGUUUCUCUGUGUAUAGAUGUGUGCUUGGACUUUUCUCUUCCUGAGAUAUCUGAAGGGGACAAUUACAGAAGAUCCACUUACUCCUGGGACCUAUUGCUGCUGGCAUUGGGUGGUCACUGGGUGGCCUCGGAGCCUCCUUUCUCAGCAGUCACCAUCCCGGCAAACACCAUUCCCUGGGGGAAGCAACCAAGUGCCGUGGAGGUGGGGGAGGGCCCCCCCUCCUGCCCAUUGCAACUGUCUGGUUUCCUGUAAAAUAAACACAUUACUUUAUAUUUUUAGGGAACAAAAAAAGUGCUGCUAUAGAGUUCACAAUUUUCAUUCUGAACACUUUUCCAAAACAAACCACCCCAAAGACACGUUUUGAAUACCCUGGUCUCAUCUUUGGAUCUGUAAAAUACAUGUUUUAGUAUGACACCUGUUCAAAGGCAAAGCAAAUUUCUUAGAGACAGAAAAACAAUCUGACAGUAGUGAUGUAGAAAUUGUUCACUCAGACACAUUUAUGUAAAUGCAAGAAGUCAUAACAUUCACUUCUGAGCUGCUUGCUAUUGAACCUGCAGUGACUAGUCUCAGCCAGCCCAGUUUGAGCAUCAUUCCUUCAGAAGUGUUGAAAAUGCUGUGAAGUUGGACAAACAGAAAAUGGGGCUGACCCCCUCCUUGCUUCCUCCUCCCUGAUCCUACAGGAGCUUGCAUGGGGGGAUAGCCUCUUUCUCUAGGGAACCAUCCUAAGGCUGGAGGGGGUAUUGCUAAUGAAAUCCAGGACCAUUCCAGCAGUUGAAAAAGGGAGCCUCGGGGGGAAGUCAUUGACAUGUUUUUGUGCCUAUGAACAAGUUGCCAUGAAUAAGUUGUUAUAUUAACCCAACCUUGCUGACUGAGUUCUCUCUUUGGCAUCAAAGAGAUAGGUUUCAUCUUAGGCAGAAUUAGAGGAAAUCAAUGUGGAUGGAUUUUCUUAGCCAGCUAUUGUUUUAUUCAACUACACGAAUCUAAAGCUGAAGCCACUCUUAUUUCCAGUUGUGCAUAUUUAAAAUGAACAAUUUCCAAGUAGUCAGCUUUUCAGGGAUGCCAAUGAAGAUUCAUUAAGUUAGUCUUGUGUGCUGCUGUUUGUUUUGAUCAAUUUGAAGGCUAAGUCAAUGACAACCAAACCAAUCUCGGUGCAAGCACCUAUCCUAUGGUUGUGCCUGCCCUGGAUGAGCACUGGCUGCAUCUGCUGCUGUCAUCACUGGAAUGAAAUUAUGCUGAGAGAGACGUUUCACAUUCUCAUCACCGGUGGGUGGUAGUUUGUGCGUGUGUGUGUGUGUGUGUGUGUGUGUGUGUGUGUGUGUGUGUGUGAAGCACUAAAGACUGAAUUGACUUCCAAACUCUUCUUGUAUAAGAUUUCCCUAACCAAGAAGAGCGCUUCAACUUAAUUUAUUUGUUAAAUGUUGCACUUUGUUUAUGUGUGUUUUGUUUUGUUUGGGGGGUAGAGAGAAGAGGGCGAAUUCUACUGAAGUAUUUAUUUCAUAAAAGUGAUAAUUUUGCAACCAUUUACAUUUUCAAAAUUCUUCUGUUUGAUUUUUUUCUGUUGUUGCUAGUACUUGCCCAAUAUAACUGCUCAAAUGCUGUUUGCCACCUGAUAGAAGGAUCCUUGCAGGACAGGUUUUGCAAAUUUUAUCAGCAUAUGCCAUAAAUUACAACCUUGCUGUUAAUAUGUUUGCCCCUGACUUUGGAAGUUAAAACAUUAGUCUUUGAGAAGAUUGCCAAUGAAUAAAUUGUCACACCACUGCUGUCUGUCCUGCAACUGUUCAGCUAUAUAUUUGGAAAUAGAACAAAGGUCAGUAAUUCUUUCUUUGGGCCUUCUUGUUUUAAUAGAUUAUUUUAGACUAUUUUCCAAAGUGAUUUUUCCCUGGGCACCUCUUUUCUAAUUCUGAAGGGCUGUUUGGGCCUUUUAUGUUUCCAAAAGAAACACUCACAUGUAGUUCCAUAUUUCUUGAUCUCUAAAAUUCACUUUACUUUUACUCACAGAGAAAGUUGGCUUUGACGUCUCUUAAAGAUAAUUGUGCUAGGUGCUGAUCAGCCAGUCAGUUCACCUGGCUUUAAUCUUUAUAGGACCUCUAAACUAAUUUUCCUACACUGUGACUAAAAGGUAGGCAGAUGCUUGGAAUGAAUUAUAUGGUAUAUUCACAUGGAUCCCUAAACAUUACUUUAUAUAAUAAGGUAAUAUCAGGACUAUAUCUACAGGUUGCUUUUGUCAAGAGCCACAUUCAUGCAAUUUUCACUUUUUUGAACUCUUGUACCUUUACAUUUGUACUCCAGAUGUGAAGACCACAUUUCUGAAUGACUAAGCCUAUGAUUAUAUUUUGGUUAUAUGCUGCUCUUUUGCUUGUGUGUGUGUGUGUGUGUGUUUCUCCUCUAUGAAUAAUUUUAUAUUUUAUGCUACUUCUUGAAAAUUUAUUCUUUGAUGCUGUAAAAGAAUAACCGGAUGGUUUCUACACACAAUCUCUCCCUGCAGGAUGGUGGAUUGUUAAAUUAGAGGAAUGCUCUUUGAGAUAUCAACAUUUAUGGUGGAGACUAAAAAAAUAUUAAUGCCAAAUGUGUUUUGGUCAAUUACUAGAGAAUUCUGUACAAAUGCGUCUUCUCUCCCAAUGCUGUCCAGUUUGCCUUGUUGAAUGGCAAGUAGUAGGGAGAACAGAACAGAAGUGUGGAUUAAGACUUUUAAAGGAAAUAGUAUCGUAUGAUUAAGGAAAUUAGAAUUUGUAGAAAUACUGGGAUCAAUGAAGAAAUAAAAAUGUCUGUCUAGAAUGUAGCAUCUAGAGAGUUUUUGAAGCCCUGACUUCACAUGAGGAAGUGAUGUUUCUGUUCACAGCCAGCCUCAGCCAUCACCAAGACUCAUGGGGGGAAUAUCACUUCUUUUCUAGAGAAAUAACUGAAAGCAAAUAAAAAUUCUUAACAGUCCCCUCUUUGGAGUGUUUUUUUUUGUUUUUUUUGUUUUUUUGUGUUUUUUUUAGGAGACAUUAGCAGAAGACAUUUAGAUUCUUGCUCUGUGACUUCUUAGGAAGUUUUUCAUUGGCAGGGGCAGGAGGGGGCGGGCAGGGGGAGGAUGUCACUUAGAAGUUCUCUCACCCUGAAUAUCUUGACCAAGCUCAAGGAACCAUCACACUCUAAAAUGGCUUCACUGAACACUAACUGUCGACUUUUUUACUGGAUAAGGGCCAGGUAAUAGCCGAAGGAGGCACCACUCCAUGAAGUCUGCUUACACAUUUACAAAUUGUCUAUGAGUUUAAAAUACUUUUUACUGUGUGCAGAUAUAAGGGGAAUAGGGCAUUCUGUAGAAUUUAUACAUGUCUAGUUGUAAAGGAUGUCAUGUGUACUGCAGAUGUGUGUUCUCUGGGCUUUGUGUAUCUGUACAGUACCUUUCAUUAAAAAAAAAAUUGUGGACAAAUUUGUUCUGGUGGUGUGAGGGGGGAGAAUGGCAGUUUAUAUAAAGUAAUCAUGCUGUAAUAUAGUACAUGUAACAAAAGAUCUGGAAGUAACCCUCCCCUGGCCCAUGGAAAAAUCUGGUUGUCUUCUAGGUUCCAAAAUGAAGAUGUAUGGAUACUCUGGCAGACUGCAUGUUGUAUAAUUUGAAAAAUAUUAAAAGUGGAAAAUAAAGUCGAAUUAAACUUUG